CUUUUCUUUUUCUUUUUUUCGAGCGGGGAGGAUCUGGAGAGCUGAGAGAAAACAGUUCAGUGUCAACACGGAGGGACCCGCCGAUACCCGGGGUUCACCUUUAUACCCACAUUUAUCCUCUAAUCCCUGCUCAUCUGCGGAAUAACUUCCUGUGAAGGGGUUCGGAGCCGCUGGUUCGAUGGAUCGAUACGAUGAUCUGGACCUGGACCUGGAGUGUGAGGAGGGAAACGUCUCUCAAAAAGCUGCUAUAUUCGGUGGGAUGUUCAAGAAAUCGAUCAAGUCCUCGGAGCCGACGGUCCAGCCUCAGGACAACUUAUCGUCCAGCACAGAGCUGUCCAGGAGCAGCGACAGCCUGACCGACGGCGGCAGCAAGGAUAAAGGAGUGUUUAAGGGGAUGUUUAAAAAGACAACCAAAGCUGCCAAGGAGGACCAGCCCCAGCAGGCCGCCUUAUCCGUACAGAACGCUGAGCUGUCUGCCAGCAGCGAACAUCUGGAAAGCAAGUCGUCUAAGGAUAAAUCAGCUGGAAAAUCGAAGCGCUCUCCCAGACUGGGACACAUCCGCCGGGCGUCGCAGGAUCUGCUGGAUCUCUCUUUCAGUCAUGACGACGGGUCAGAGAACAACAAGGAAUCUGGAGGCGUGUUCAGUGGGAUGUUUAAAAAGUCUCCGAAGCUCUCUGCAGCCCAGGCUCAGUCUCAGGAGGAUUUAUCUGCUCCCAGCGAGCUUUCCGGCAGCGCUGACAACCUCAACGCGAAGGAGUCGGGCGGGGUGUUCAGCGGACUCUUCAAGAAGCCACCAAAGCGUUUAGGAGUGAGGACACAGUCUCAGGACGACCUGUCUGCAGACGGCGAGCUCUCCGGCAGCAGCGACGGCCUGGCUGUCAACAGCAACGCUAAGGAGUCGGGAGGGAUGUUCUCUGGGAUGUUUAAAAAGGGCCACAAGCACAGGACGCAGUCUCAGGAGGAUUUGUCUGCAGACGGCAAGCUCUCCGGCAGCAGCGAAAACCUGGACGAGAACCCGUCGAAGGAGAAAGGAGGGCUCUUCAGUGGGGUGUUCAGAAAGAAGGCUGCCAGGUCUCAGUCUCAGGACGACUUGUCCAUGGACGCAGAACCGUCCGCAGAGGGUAAAGGUCACACGGAGAAGCCGUCAAAGGAGAAGAGUGAAAACUCAGAGGACGCCACUGCAGAGAAGCCCAAAACUAAGCAGUUUGGGUUCACUGCCAUGAUGAAGAGUACAUUUCACACCGACAAGAAGGAAAAGAGCCCGAACUCUGACGAGGAGGCAUCAGACAGCGAAGACAACCAGACUGGUCCUAAACAGAACAAGCUGGCAGGAGCCAUGACCAAGCUCAAUCCCUUUCGAGGCGUCCACAAACAUGAGAAGCAGAUGAGCUCAGACGAGGAGGAUCCAGCUGCCAGCGAGAAACCAUCGGCUCACAAACAGAGCGCCGUGGCCGGAGCCAUGUCCAAACUGAACCCUUUCCGUUCUGCCAAUAAAAAAGAGACGGAGGACGGAGAGAGCCUCAAGGACAGCGAGCAACAAGUGAAAGAGAAGCCAAAGCCGGUCAAGAGCAACACGAGCCAGCCAGAGAACCCGGACAGACGUGGAGCGUCUUGGGUCCCUCCCAGACCAGCAGAGAAGGAGAUGAAGAGGACGUCCGCAGACGACAGAGACAAAUCAAGACGACCUCAGUACGAUAAGGAAAGCAAAGACGUGAUCCCCCGACAGAGACAAGAAAGUCCUGAGGAGACUCCUGAAAUCCCAGCCAGACCGUCUGAGCAGGAGAUGAGCAGAACGAGAACUCGUGAUCUACAGAAGCAGAGAACCAGACACCAGAACCAGUCCGGGGAUGAAGGCACUGAGGGAGACGAGUCUGCUGCUGCUGCUGAAAACGGUGAAGAGAUGAACAUUCCAGAGAACACAGCAAAGAAACACAAGAAGCCGAAUCCUUUCAUGCCGCGUUCUGCAGACAAGGCUGCCUCUGACGAUGAAGGCCUGAAAGAUGAGGAUGAGUCUUCAUCAAAAGAGGAAAAGAAAGAAGAGGAAGGCCAGGAGAAAACACCAAAGCCCAAAGUCAAGAAAUACAAGAAGCACAACCCCUUCAUGCCUCGCGUCAAGGGUAAAGUCAUGCAGAGGACGAAGCACGGCGCUGCAGGGAACGAAGAGAGCGAAGGGGCAAACAGAUCCUUGUUCGACCAGCUGGAGGAAUAUCGUGACCCUGGAAACCCUGAAACCCCCCAGGACACGCAGGAUGCUGAGGAUCUCAUGGACUGGUGGAACACUGUGGAGCCAUGGGAGGACCGGCCAGAGGAUGAAGACCUGACGGAAAAAGAGGAAGCUAAGGCCUUCGCCGUCACGGCGGACAAGGUGCAGAAAGGCAUCCGCGUCUUCAACAAGCUGUUCUCGGAGCGCGCCGAGUCGCUGUGGCAGCACGUCAUCGACCUCAACGCCAUCGCAGACGGACUCGACAAGUUCAACAAGAACACCAAGAUCGCCCAGAUCACCGGGGGGUCCACCAGCGCCAUCGGGGGCGUGGCCACCAUCACCGGCCUGGCCCUGGCGCCCGUCACCAUGGGAACCUCCCUCAUCGUGACGGCGGUGGGGCUGGGCAUCGCCACGGCGGGCGGCCUGACGUCGGCGGGCGCCGGCAUCUCCAACCAGGUCAACAACUCCAUGGACCGCAAGAAGGUGGAGAAGAUCGUGGAGGACUACCAGGAGAAGAUCGCCGACCUCAACAAGUGCCUGAAGUUCAUCAAGCAAGGCAUCGAGAACCUGCGGCGCUUCGACCUGAUGAAGAUGAAGAACCACGCCUACAACCAGGACUUCCCCGCGCUCACCAGCAGCUUCUACGAGGACGGCGCCAUGGCGGGCAAGGCCAUCCUCAUCAACGCCAACGAGAUCAUGCGCGUGGUGCAGAUCGCCAACGUGGCGGGCAGCACGGCGGCCAGGGCGGUGCAGAUCGCCAGCAUGGCCACCGGCGUGCUCACCGGACUCUUCGUGGGCAUGGACAUCUACUUCGUGGCCAAGGAUUCCAAAAUCCUCAAGAAAGGCGCCAAGUCGGAGUUUGCCGCCAAAAUCCGGGAGGUGGCGACGCAGCUGCACGACGGCCUGGUGGAGCUGAACACCAUCCGGGAGGAGCUGCAGUCCACCACGCCGGAGGGCAGGGCCGAGGACGCUCCGGCCGGGAACGCCAACCAGGAGGAGGAGAAGAAGGAGAAAGACGACCACGACCACCGCGACAGCUCCAGCGAGGACGAGAUCGACCGCAUCAAGAAGGCCAUCAAGAAGGAGUAUGAGAACAGGGAGUACGUCUGAGCCUGAGACACUGAAACACUGUGGCCUGAUGGGAACGCAGAGGCCGCUUAGUGCCUUUAUAUUCAUAACGCCUCGAGCCCUUCGUGACGCCUCGCCGUGUUUCCUCAUUCGCCUCCCGUUUUCUCUCGGCUGGAAUGUUUUAAUGCUCUCCAGAUGCAGAAUUAGACGGCCUCAGUAAACCAGUCAGAGCUGAGCGGCGCUGCUGGUCUCUGCUGAUUUUCUUUUCUUUAUCAUGUUUACUCCUGUUGACACUGCUGUUGUUCUUCCACAUGUCACUUGUGCUCCCCGCUGUAGUCAGAAUACGUCAUUUUUAUUUAUUUUCCUCCGUUCAGGGCGGACGUGUUUAUUCACUGAUUCCUUUUUAUGUGCAAUACUAUGAAAAGUUUCAGAGAAUUGAAUGUAAAUGUGAGAUUAAAGGCCUUAGCAUCA